AUGCAAACGGCGCUCGACAAUGAGACUGGGCAUGGUGGCUAUCGACCUGGAAUUGAAGUUGCAGGUGAUUUCCUGGCUGAUCCACCAUCGUCAUCCGUCAACGCACGGAACUCGGGAAAUGGAAAUGAUGACAGUCGCCGUACACCUCCAGACAUCUGGAUAAUAUUCAAUGUCGCUGGAUUCCAGAAGCAAGAAGGACCAGCCUUCAAUUACGCCCGUACGCUGACCUGGAUCAACUUCGCCAAUAAUCUUCUGAUCGCAUUUGAGGAUGCAAUUCGUCCGCAAAAUAUGACUUCAGCUGGUCCACAGCAACCUGCAGGAUCUCAAGCUGAUUCACAGUCUUCUCCGGCAGGAUCCCAAGCUAACCCAACACACAUCAACAGCACCAUUAGCCCUCGCCGUCAUUUGUACGAGUACUCAAAUUUGGAGGAGCUCUCUGGGGCAAAGCCUAUCUUUUGGAAAAACGUUGCUUUCUCGAUACUCAUGGGCAUCUUGGUCCAGUGGGGUACCACAAUGCUUGCAUUCAUACUGGCCUUCGAGACGGUCGUAAAGGGUCUGGGUUGCAGAUCGGGUAGCUACCUCAUCUACGGCAUACUAUCAACUGCAGCAUGCGUAUCCCUACUUGUCUCUGCGGCACUUUCUCACGUGACCAUGCGAGAAUAUGAGAGGACACGUUUCGUGGAGCGACGAGAGAAUGAGCUUGGGUUAGGAGCACACAUCUGCAAAGCUUUGGCGGUUGUUUUGCGGCUACUAGGAUGCUUCUUGCUUGUGGCUAAUACUGUAUGGCUUCUGCUGAUCUCUAUAUGGGAGCUUAUUGGCUUCUUCGACAGCUGCUACUGUGCGUCGACGGAGCUAAGUAAGAAAGAAGCCGGCUGGAUCCUGUUGUUCAAAGGCGCGGAUGCGCUGAAGGAAGAUGCGCAAGCUGCAUGGGGAGUUGGAAUUGGUUUGGGAUUCGUUCUAAUCUUCGUGGCAGGCGCCGUCUUUUAUCUUGCCUCUCGACACAAACACGAGUAA